ACUUCCGGGAACGCGGCGGGAGCGCGGCGUGAGGAACCGGGGAAAACCGGGGGCAACCGGGAGGGUCCCGGAGGGGUCCCGGCACGCCCCGGAGGGGUCGAGCCGCCCCCGGCACGUCCCGCAGCGGGUCGGGGCCGCUCCGAGGCGGCUCCCGGGGCCGAUCCCGGUGUCGUUGCCGUUCCCGAGGCCGUUCCCGGUUCUCGGUUCCGGUGCGGCCGCCAUGGGCCGCCGCAAGUCGAAGCGUAAGCCGCCGCCCAAGAAGAAGAUGACAGGGACGCUGGAGACGCAGUUCACGUGUCCCUUCUGUAACCACGAGAAAUCCUGCGACGUCAAGAUGGACCGCGCCCGCAACACCGGCGUGAUCUCGUGCACCGUGUGCCUGGAGGAGUUCCAGACCCCCAUCACCUACCUGUCGGAGCCCGUGGACGUUUACAGCGACUGGAUCGACGCCUGCGAGGCCGCCAACCAGUGACACCGGGCAGGGGACACUGCUGUCCCCAGGCCACCCCCGGGGGUGACACCACCCCCAGGGCCCGCUGACACCCCCAGGACCCGGUGUGGGGGUGACGUGUGCCCCCCCAGGAUGUGAGACUUGUCCUUGUCCCCAAGGGGACGUGGGGACAUUGGGACAGGUGUGACACGUUUUGGGAGAGCUGCCCCACAAUAAACCCCCCGAGCUGGUGUCGUUGGUC